GACAGUAAAAAGCUGCAUGGCAAAUACAAAGACAACAAUGCCAUAGAGUUCCUCUUUGACCUUUACAAAGAUAUUGCAGAAGAGGUAGCUCAAGAGAUGGUGGUGCUUAAUUUUGUCUGCGAAGGGGACUACAAAAUUGUGGCAAAGGCUAUUCGUGACCGUGUGUUGGCAAUAAAGAGGAAACGAGAAAAGCUGAGACGUGCCCAAGAGGAGUUGAAGAAGAAAGAGGAUGAGAAGCAGCAAAACAUCCUAAAGCUCCUUGAGCAGCUGAGAGAUCCUCAGAGCACCACUGCUUCUCCCACUCCUGAUGCCACUCCUGGAGCUACCUCCCUGCCAUCAAACUCUGACUCUGCAGAGUCUGUAAACAGUGGCACAUUUCUUCCUGAACCAGAGGAACCAGAAGCUGAUCAGCAUCGCCUGUUUAACUUCAGA